AUGAACCGCGGCGCAAUUCCUGAAAGAGCCGGCCUCAUUUCGUCCCAAAGCCCCCCCCCCCCCCCCCCCCCCUCCACCCCCGCUACCCCGCCACCCCCGUCACGUCAACGCCAGAAGAAAAAUGCUAACACGCCCCCACGAAAACUAUUAGUUAUUUUGGCACCCCUGAAGCCCGCAACGAUUAUGGACCUUCUCCCGUUCAACGGCGACCCGAUACGGCCCGCCGAUGCACCCGCCGAGAUGAGAUCCUCCGACCUCCUUCCUCCUGCCCCCCUGCCCCCCACCCCCGGCCCGACCUCGCCCGCCUCUAAUGAAGGCCACGCUAACUACGCGCACUGUAAUAAUCGCGAUCCUUUUCGCAAUCACGCUUUGACGCCGCCCGCUUGUCCCUCGGCCGCCUUGAGAAAACACCCUGCCCUGUCCGUGCACUUGCCUCUUGACAAAGAAGUUCGCGCCGAAAAGUUA